AUGAUUGGAGACGUGAAUUUAUUUAUACAACCGGAAGAUGGUGCCGGUGAGCUUGAAAUUAUGAUAGCCGUAGAGAACGCCCGUAGUCGAGGAGCUGGCACUGAAGCUGCCUCGCUUAUGAUAUCCUAUGCCCUUAAAGAACUGAAGACUAAGAAAUUCUUCGUAAAAGUAACAGACGAUAAUCAAGCUAGCUUGCAUUUGUUUGAAAAUAAGCUGAAAUUCGCUCGCAUUUCUCAUAGUGAUGCAUUUGGAGAGUAUACCUUGGAACUACCUGCAUCAGAGACAAAUUCAUUUAGUAAUUUAAUGGAUCGAGCUAAGUUAUUUCCAUACAGAGAAUAA